AUGGUACAUUCUUCCUCUGCACCUCCUCCUUCCAUGUAUUCCCAGGUCUCCCUAUCUACGCCUCGAAGGACCUUAGACAAUGGACGCACAUUGCCAUUAUUCAGAAGCCUAGGGACUCACAUUUCCAUUCUGCUCAUAGGCAAUGCUCUAAGUAAACGUUCACAGCUGAAUUUGAGAGAUGCAAACACUAUUCAUGUGCCGUUGGAUACAGGCUUUACCAUGGUUGCAACUACGGGGAUCGUUGCUCCUAGUAUACAUUACCAUGAAGGAGUAUUCUACAUCGUCACCACGAAUCAAACCUUCAACGGCGAGGUUUACGAGAGGCACAAUUUCAUUAUCAAAUGUCACGACAUUUGGAGCAAUAAUUGGAGCGACUCUGUCUAUUUCGAUUAUCAUGGCAUUGACACCAGCCUCUUUUUCCAUGAUGAUGGUCGGGUUUUCGUGCAGGGAGCUUGGCACAUCAGAGACGAUAGACAGCCAACGAACACCAUAAAACAGGUCCAAAUUGACAUCAACAAUGGACAGUUACUUUCUGAAACGACAGAGAUAUGGUCUGGUUGGGCCAAAUAUGACACGGAGGGGCCACACAUCUACAAAGUUGGGGAAUAUUUCUACCUCCUGGCUGCGGAGGGUGGAACAUUCGAACACCACAUGUUGACAAUCGCAAGGUCCAAGGAUAUUUGGGGACCCUACGAAUCAUGUGAACAAAAUCCUAUUAUGACGGCUGAUGGCAAGGACGAGUAUAUCCAGAACAUUGGCCACGGCUCACUCUUCCAGGACGGUGACGGGAGAUGGUGGGCCGCUGUACUUGGAGUGCGAAAGCAGCCGAAUGGUACUCUGGGCCUCGGUAGGGAGUCGUUUCUUUCACCCGUCGAAUGGCCAGAAGGGGGAUGGCCCACUGUCCGUCAGCCCAGGAUGAGCUUCAAGAGGGAGGCUGUGCCAUCGCUUAAUCCUCAAAAGCCCCUCCUAACCCCUGCUCAUGUCGAAGAUGUUUACAUUCGAGACCAUGAUGAAGAAAAUUAUCGGUACCUAGACGAUGAAGGAACCUUGCAACUCAUUCCAAGCCAACAUGGACUUGAUUCCGCUAUCGAGAGCCCCACAUUCCUAGGCCGACGCCAACGCUUCUUGACUGGCACAGGGUCUACGCGCAUCGCAGCAAACCAGGGGAUGAUCGGGAAAGGCAUUAGAGCUGGUAUCUCUCUGUACAAAGACCCCAUACGCUUUGCCAGCCUAGCUUACGACUUUGACAACACUACUGCCGUGUUUGAAGUUUAUAACUCUGCUAUUGGACUUUCUGGUACUAUCUCUCGCAAGCUGUCCUCGGCAUCGAUUGACGUUCACCUUCAAAUUACAGCUACACCAACGCGGUAUAGCUUCCAAGUGAAGGAGACUCUUCAGGAAACAGAAGUUGACAUAGACAAGGGCUGGACUGAAGUCGGUUCUGUAGAGACUGCGGCAGUUGAUGCUAGAGAUUUUACUGGUCCGCUAAUUGGUGUUUUUACUCAAACGGCAUUGAAGCAGACUAAGCAGGAAGUUGUUACUUUCCGAGAGUUCAAGUUAUGUCCAUUAGAAUAA